CCCACGCAUGCGCGGGGGGCGGCUGCCGGCCGGGCCGGGGAGCGUGGCUGGUUGGAAGAGGCUGCUACCAUGAGAUUGAAUCAGAACACCUUGCUGCUGGGGAAGAAGGUGGUCCUUGUACCCUACACCUCAGAGCAUGUGCCCAGGUACCACGAAUGGAUGAAAUCAGAAGAACUGCAGCGUUUGACAGCCUCAGAGCCACUGACCCUGGAGCAGGAGUACGCGAUGCAGCAAAGCUGGCGAGAAGAUGCAGACAAGUGCACCUUCAUUGUGCUGGAUGCAGAGAAGUGGCAGGCCCAGCCAGGCAUCACAGAAGAGAGCUGCAUGGCAGGAGACGUCAACCUUUUCCUCACAGAUCUGGAAGACCCCACCAUGGGGGAGAUUGAGGUCAUGAUUGCAGAGCCCAGCUGCAGGGGCAGGGGCCUUGGCACUGAGGCCGUUCUCAUGAUGCUGUCUUAUGGAGUGACCAAACUAGGUCUGACCAAGUUUGAGGCUAAAAUUGGGCAAGGAAAUGAACCAAGCAUCCGGAUGUUCCAGAAACUUUACUUUGAGCAGGUGGCUGUGAGCAGCGUCUUCCAGGAGGUGACGCUCAGACUGAUACUGAAUGAGCCUGUACGGCAGUGGCUUCUGGAGCAGACCAGCCACGUGGAAGAGAAGCCCUACAGAGAUGGGUCUGCAGAGCCCUGCUGACAGCGGGGCCUUGUGGGCGGCCGCCCCGUGUGAGUGCUCUGAAGAUGAGAGCCCUGCGGUGGAUAGUUCGACAGGAGUCCUGGCCAUGCCUCAGGCUGGGAAUCACCUUUUGGGGCCCUUCAGACUCGGCCAGACUUGCCUUGGCCUCCCUCUGGCUGGCAGUGUGGCUGAGCAGACUCCAGGGCCAGUCCCUGUCUUCCUUCUGGCCAAACCCAGACUCAGACACCUAGAAUGAAUGGCAGGAAUCCAUGGGAGAGGUCAGGGUGGAGUUGGGAGCUGGAGGUCAAGCGGGGCCUGGAUGAUGGGCCAGGGGAAGGGACAGGUCUUUCCCUUCAAAGGCCAGAGGCGCCACCCGGCUGGGAGUAAAGCACACGGCAUGGCUA